GAAUAUUGUUCCAAAAUUGAGCGAUAACAGGGACUCAUGAGCAAGCUAUUAUAAAAUAAUAAGAGAAAACAUCAUUCUAAAUAAGAAUGUUUGGUUACGAACUACUUUUCACACACGUUCAAAGUCAAUUAAGAGACAGUGAAGAUGCUCUAGUCUCUGUAGCGCAUUGGACUUUAAUAAGUAAUGGUUUCCUCUGCGUAGGAAAAGGAGAACAGCCCAGUGAUGAUAUGCGUAAGUCAGAAUUAUUACCAAAUGCUUGGAAUUCUGAUAAAGAAGUUUUCACCCUAAUGUACGUCCAACCACCAUCUGCACAAGUUCAUCUUUUGAAAGUCGUUAGAUCCUCUGGAGAUUUACUUUUCUAUUUCAUGGAUCUUCAAUCAGAUGAAAUGCGAGAUGCAACUAUCCCCGUGAACAAUUACUGUACUGGGAAUUUAAUUUCUUUUGCCAGUGCUUUCAAGAAUAUCGAAGAAUUCCGAAAAGAAUUAGAAAAGAAUCUGUUAGGAGUUGGUGUAUCCAAAGCUGAGGAAAAGGCUAAAAAAGAUAAGAAAGACAACAAUAAAAAGACUGACGAUUCUUUAAGACACGAACCAUUCAGAAGACAACCUGCUCUUUUUCAAAAUCCAAGUAUAAGACCAGGAUUUGAGUCACCAUUUGAUAUCGGAAGAAAUGAUUUGGACCCAUUAGGUCAUUUUGGAGCAGGGGGUGGAAUGUAUUUUGACCCUUUUAGAGGAGGUCAUGGAAGAGGAGGCCCUAGAAUUCCAGGACUGCCUCUAGGAGCUGUACCUCCAGGCGCUAGAUUCGAUCCAAUUGGUCCAGGUCAUGGACGAGGAGGAAGAGGUGGAGGUUUCAGUGGGAAUAGAAUGGGCCCAGAUCCAGAUCAUCUACCCCCACCUUCGGGCUACGAAGACAUGUUUAUGUAA